UCUGAAUACCUUGAACACGUGCUUGGUGUUCUUUUUUAGUUGCAAUGUAUUUAGUUUACUAAAAUGCUAGUUUAGUUUAGUUAAAAAUAGUUUACUAAAGUUUAUUAAAAUGAUUAUCUUAUUUUUAUCAUAAUUAUCUGGAAUUUUCGAUUUGUGUCUGAAGUUAAAGUUGAAACAAGGAACAAAGAACCACGUGAUUGAUGCGCAGUUAAGUGUUUGGUCGAAAAAAUGGUCUUGCCCGUCUUCUUGACCGGAUAAUUGGAAAAUUUAUCGAAAAUACAUAUUUUAAGUGCAGGAUUAAUCUGUGGACUUGAUUAAAUAGAAAAAGUUUCGUUUUAAUAUCAUCAAGAAAGGUAAAACUAACUUAAUAACCUAUAGAUAAAUUCUCGGGUUUAUCAGUUCGAGUCGCCAAUAAUUAACAAAAAAGGAUCAAAAGUAUAUUUUAUUAAAUAUUUGUAACUUCAAGAAUAAUUUAAUUAAUCACGAAACAGAAGAUUUUUUCAGAAAAUAAUCGAUGGCUAUGGAGAAUCAGACACAAAUUAACUUUAUUUAUUCUCCUAUCAACGACAAACCUCCUCUCGCCGUCCUUGUUGCACAGCACGAGGAAAUAGCAGUUUACGAAAUUAAAAAAAUGCUGCUUAAAGGCCUCGGCAAAGGUGAAGUGUCCACAUCCAGAUUACCUUUAUCCGAGACAUCACAAGACAAAAAAUACAGUCUAUUGGGCGACUUUGAAAUGAUCAAAGGCAUCAAGGCUAAGAAUAAGUUUGUUUAUGCUUUUGAGUUAUCGGAUUCGCCCCACACUUACACAUGCAUUUUGUGUAGAAGAAUUUGCGACUGCGAAUUAAAAAAACAUGCGGGGAAAAAUUGUCUAUUUACCGUAUGCGACUUUUGUGUCAAUAACCACUUCAAGUUUGACUCGAAUGGAUAUGAAUGUCCUGUGUGCCUUGCAACUGUUUCAAAAUUUAUUAAGAUUGGCGAAUCAGUGCCAGCUAUUUCCAUAUUAUAUGUGCCACUAGUUCUUGACAAACUUAACAUUGACAUGGCAGUCAAUGUGUUAUGCAUAAAUUUUGGAGACCCACGUUUGAUUAAAGUACCGGUCAGAGACAAUUAUUUGCCACAGGAGGAUGAAUAUUCUGUCCAUUUCAUGUACCACGGGGAUCAUGAUUGCACACUACAAGGAUGCUUCUUCUAUCAAAAAGCGUCUAUUGUUUGCGAUAUAACUGCGUCUGAAAAGAAAAUUCAGAAAGAAGAGGUUCUUUCUGACGUCAAUGAUAACAAAAUUCCAAAAAUUGAAACGCCCAUCAAUAACUCCAAUUACAAAGAGCAAAUCCCGAUAUCGCAUGAUGUUUCGCAUGUUUCCCAUGUCGCUAAUCAAAGUAACCUGUCUACUAACACCCACAAUUCUAGAAAUGUAAACGUAGAAGAUAGGCUGGAAAACUUUUUGAAAAUAUUCCAUCAGCAACGAGACAAAACUUUAAAUUUCUUCAAGGAAAAUUCACAAAGAAUAGUAACCGAAGGCUUGCAAAACCUGGCGCAAGAAUUCGAAAAAUUCUCUAUAUCAUUCGGGAAAAUUCAACCCUCCAGGAAUGUAAACCCCUUCGAGAAUCUAAAGUUCUCUGGAAGAAAUGGUGAAAUGCAUCCGGUUCGUUUCAUUGUCGACUUUGAGUUCAUCGCGUCUCGUGCGAGAGUGACUGACUACGAGCAACAAAUUUUCUUUGGCCAAUCGCUUACAGAAGAUGCUGCCAAAUGGCUGAAUAUACGUGGCUAUGGAAGAACCUUUCCAGAAAUGAGGCAAUCGUUCCUUGACUUCUUCUGGAGUGAAGCUGAGCAGAAUCGUCUUCGAAACUUUCUCAAAACUGGAAAGUAUAACAAGAACUGUGGAUUAUCGAUGCCUGAGUAUUUUUACAAAUACGUCUACGAAGCAAGCUAUUUGGAAAAUGUUCCAGACGAGAAAACUCUAAUAGAAUGGCUUACCAAGCAUUUCGAUAUCAUGAUUCAGGCGAAAAUGUACGGGAAUUAUGUGAAGAACAUCACUGGUGCUCUGAUUGGAUUGAAAAGUCUAGAAAUCUCUGACAAGAAUGGAAACCUUGAAAUGUCUAGAACUGCAGAGUCUAAAACGCCCGAAAAGAUUAAGAACCUUGAAAAACCUGGAAGCCCAGAAAUACCUGAGAUCAUCAAAAAGCCUAAAAACUCUGGAAACGAUCCUGAUAACUUUUUCAGUUCAUCUUCUACGAAGAAAGUUAAGACUGGCGUUUGGAAGGAUUAUUUCGGAUUCGAAUAUGAACAGAUCAAAAAAGAUGGUGAACCUUCUUACAGAUGCAUAACUGAGAGAAUAUGGCCUUUGCAUUCUCUGAGUUACAAUAAUUGUCAGUCGGAUAUUCGGCACUUUGAUGUUUCAUGUCAUGAAGCUUCGGCUAGAUUUCUUACUGACAUUCCUACAUCGCUUCAUCAUAUUUACGUCGAUAUAAACGGAGAGUCUGUGCAAUUCAGGGUUCUUUUGCAAGUCACCAUCGGAAAACAAAAAGGAAAUCAGCUGAUUGUGAGCACAUGUCCGACUUUCAUAUCCACUACGAAUCUAGUUGCUGGGCAACUUCUAUACAUGAUUGAAGGCGAUAAUUAUGUUAGACCAUGUGGGGUCAUCACUUGCUCGAUUCCAGAAAGCUGCGGCUAUCGAUACGUUAUUUCGAAUGCUAAUGAGCAGAUUGCUUGCUUGAGGUGCAAAGAUAAUAUUGAUGAAAUCCAAUUUCUGAAUAACAGGUUUGUCGCGGUUGAAGAUUUGGUUGUUCGCUACUUUGAACAGAAGUUUACGAAAAGGAAGCAUCUUUUGAGAUUUUUGAACGAGAAUUUCGACGUUGUUUACUCGGUCUGGGACUACGCGGAUCUAAGAUACAAUCCGAUGAAGCCGACUUAUCAUUAAUUUCCUGACUAAGGGAGAUUGGACAUUUAAGCAUAUGUAUUCACUUUAUGUACAGGUAAUCGAAAAAAAUGGCCGUUACAAAAAUCGUUUAUUUAACAAAAAAUAUAUAGAUUUGUGUGCUUCAACUUCAAUUUAAGGUAAAAGCUGCGAUUAAUUUUCAAUCCUGAUGGCCAAUAGCUGAUUUUAUUAUAAAGACUCUGUAAAACUCUGUUUGGCUGAUUUUUAUUGAAAGUUUUUCAAACCCAUAUAGUUUUAUUUUCGUAAACAAUGCUCAUUCUUGCUACAGAAUCUCUUAUAGAAUUAAAAUUAAUUCUUUCCCUCGUAAUAUCACGAAAUUAUCAACUUUCUGCACCAAGUUUUAUCCUUAGGCAGAAUUUAGGGACAAAAUUCAAAAAUGUAUUAACAAUUGAGUAAAAUACUGGUGAGCCAAA